UCAGGCCAAGUUGGUUUUAUAGUCAUUUUUUUUAAAAGAGAAAAUAAAUAUAUUCUCAAGAUAUGUGAGUGGGUACAAUGUUUCUUAACUUUUACAUACCUGCCAACCAAUGUUGGGAAAGUUACUCUAAAAAAAUUAGAUUACUGUACUAAUUACUCUGUCUGAAAAGUAAUUGCGUUACUUAUUAUUAAUUACUUUCUAAAAACCCUUAUUAACCUCAACCAGUUGAACAAUACAAGGAUAGACAUGAAAUUGUCAUUUUAAUUCUUUCAAAUAAAUCAUAUAAAAUCAAAAAAAAUAUUCCUGAUCUAGCCAAAGAAUUAAAGGGAUGCAGCGAUAAAUUAGAAAACACAUUUUAACAUUAGACGUUACAUUUCGAUAUGAAAUUCACUAUACAGUAGUUUUAUAUAGAAUUGUUCUAUAGUCUAUACAGUAUUUAACACAAUUAAUCCCAUGCAAAGUGUGGAUGUCGCAAAUCGUGAGUUUAUCGGGAAAAAUUUUAAAUAGGUAUGCUUUUACUGCUUUUUUCUUGGAGUAUUUCAUAACCAUGACAAGUCUUUGAACAGGUGCGCACCAAAUCACUAGACGGCGCUCGUGCUAUACGCAGUCUGUUGUAUUCGCUUCUGUAUUUAAUUUUACAAACGGGGAAAUAGAAGUGUUCGCUUUCUACACACAAAUCGGAAGGCUGUUUAAGGAUUCAUUAUUGUCGAAUUUGUCAAACCCAUGAAAACUCACGUUGUUCCUGAGACCAGGAAAUUUGUGUUUUUCCUUUAAACGCGUUUAGAGCAAAGGUCGUUGUCGUGUAGACACACAGUAGUAUUUUAUUCUUCGUAACUGAUUAUAUCAGUAAUUUCUCGUUACUGUGGAUUUAAUAAUAAGACUGAGCUCUCAACCCGGUGUUUGGGUUUAGUCUGAAAAAAAAUAAUAAUAUUCACUUAAUGCCUUUGCCAACAAGCACAAACGCGAGGAUUAUAAAAUAGUUGUGACAAUCAGGUUGAGAUAUGCCCUUGUUUCGCCAACUCAAGCCCACACCAGAGAGGGAACGACCGAGGAGGAAAAAAUGCAAGAAUGGCUGGACUGAGGACGAGGACAACCCUUCCACACUGGUUUGCCUUUGUCUCCAAAGCCUUGCUGAGAACAUGAAGGAAAUGUGGGCAAAAGAUUAUGCUGAGAAAUACAUGGACCAAUAUUUCUUUAGAUACAUCAUGGGUCCCUUCAGUUCACUUCCGGGUGAGUUGCUGGAGGAGUUGUUGCGUAUCCUUUCUAGACAGAAUCUGUUGACGCGUGCAGCCCUACACCUUCUUCUUCUUCCGCAACUCAGCUGUCUUCCUCUCACAACGGCUUGCAGCCUCGUCAAUGCAAACCUAUGCUCUCUCAUCCAGAUACGUUGCCAGAAUCUUCAGUAUCUGGAUCUCAGUGGUGCACAGAAUGUGUCGUCUUCAGUGCUGUGUGAGCUGCUGGGCAGCCUGCGCCGUCUCAGUUCUCUAUUCCUGACAGGAACCAUGUGCGAUCAGAGGGUGAUAUCGGUGGUGGCCCGCCAGUGCCCCAGGCUGAAAUACGUGGAUGUGUCACGAUGCCUGCAUCUCACCCCUGCAGGCCUGCUCCAUGUUAGGAAUGUGAAGACCAUAAGCAGUCUGCUCGCUUUAGAUAUCGGUUUGGCAGACACUGAAGGCGAUGCCGUGGCUGCUGGUGCAUUCCUCCUCCUCAGCUUGCCCAAUCUUCAGAGGGUGGCACUGGAAGGACUGGGAAAGGCUUGUGUUCUCAUACAGAACAGGGAGUUUGAGGUGACUGAGGAGUUCACUAGUCGAGAAGGGUUGCCAAGUCUAAAAGAUUUAUGGGAUAUGAGGAUGCAGGAAGACCAAGUGAAAGACAGCAGUUUACACAGCACAGAUGGAGAUGGAAGCUUUAUAUUAGAAGGACAAAUAGAAGAAUGGUUGUCAAUAGAAGACAGUCAGACUGAGAAGAGAAGACAGAGAGAUGGCGCUAGUGAUACUACAGAGUUGAAUGGAUGGAAAGGGAUUUCAGAAGAGGAUUAUGAAAAUAAUGCGAGGGACAGUGUGACAAUGGGUCUCAGGGAUGUACAAGGAGUGUCUCUGAAUACCUUGGAGGCAGUGGGGAAGAUCUGCCCUGACCUGUGUGUCCUGUCAUUGGACUGUCUUCAGCGUAAUGCUGAUGAUGCUGAUGACAGCUUUAAACAGGCUACAGCUUUAGCCAGAGGACUCAGUUGGUUUUCUGGCCAGCUGCGCUGUCUUUCUCUACAGUUUGCUGGUGUUCUGUCUGAUCUAGUUCCAGCCCUUAAAGCUGCAGGCUCAAACCUGCUCUCACUAACCCUGGAAGGGAUUCGAGCUGAUGGACACACUCCACUUCAGGAGCUUAUUCAGUCCUGUCCCAGACUCAACUCUCUCACUAUUCAUUUAGACCCACCCAGCACUAACUGGGAUGGAGAUGAUGAUGAGGAGGUUGAAGACGAAAGUCUUUCUAAUCUGCCAUGUAUUCCACAUUUACGAUCUUUAACACUAAAUUUUUUCUUGGAUGAAAGACAGAUGAAGCCUGCAUUAUGUUGGAGGUCUUUGAAGGGGGUGCUGUGGGCCCUUAUUAGAGGUGCUUCACUCCACAAGCUGUCACUGAUUGCUGUUCCCUGUCGAUUGGAUCCUGUGUUCAAACUUGUUCUGGACAAUCCAGCUAAACCCCUUGGUGCCUUAGACAGACCGCCACUGCAUUUCCUUAGAUCUGUUAGUCUGAACCGGUCUGAUAUCACAAUGGAGACAGUAUUGCGUAUUGUAAAUACUUGUAGUAGUCGCUUGUCCAGUUUGGAUUUGAGUGGCUGCUGGGCCAUGACUUCGAGCAAUAUAAAGAAGUUGCACAGCAAAGCCAAAAGGAGGCGCCAUACACUUCAAAUAACAUGGACAUGAACUGGGAAAGGCCGUGCUGAGAUUGUAAAAGGACUUGUACUGACAGUGAAGAGUUGAGUUUAUGAUUUUGUUGAGGCAUUUUUAUGUUUGUCUCAUGAUGUCUUUAGCA